AUGUCGGUGUCCAUCGGUGCAUUUCGUUGGCUUGAUAUUCUUGAAAAAGAAUUCGACAAAGCGUUUGUUGAUAUUGAUUUACUACUCGGAGAUAUCGAUCAAGAUCAAUCGGAAAUUACCGAUGAAGGUCGUACAAAAAUGACUGUCCUCAGUUCAUGUUUUGCUCAAUUAGCUCACAAAGCUCAAACGAUCUCCCAAGCAAAUGCGAAAUUAGAAGCACAAUUGAUCGAUGUUCGAACUGAAGUUGUGGAGUCCAAAGCAGAACGGCAAGCGCUCGAACAGCAAGUGAAAGAUAUCAUGGCACAAUUACAUGCCUCACAAUUAGAAUGUCAAGUUUUGAAAAACCAAGGCGAAAUUGAAGGUGCUGAGACGAUUCUGAAGAAACUGGAAGAACAAAUCACAAAACAGCGUGAGGAAUUCAAACAGAAUGCUAUUCCGGAGAUCAAAGUACAAGAAAUUGAAAAAGAAAAUGAAAAAUUAAAAGCGCAAAUCAUUAACCUUCAAUCGGAGGUCUAUGGGUCACGUUUAGCUGCCAAAUAUCUCGAUAAAGAAUUAGCCGGAAGGAUUCAGCAAAUUCAAUUACUUGGUCGUGAUUUGCGUGGAGCUGAUCAUGAAAACCUUUGGAAUCAACUGGAAGCUGAAAUUCAUCUGCAUCGGCAUAAAACUGUUAUACGCGCGUGUCGUGGACGAGAAAAAGUCAAUAAAAACCUCACGAGCCCUCCCGGACAUGAUUUUAAUACUUUAAAAAAACGACAAGGUGUAGGAGAAGUUCGUACUGUCAAACUUUAUAAAGAUGCUAAAGAAGCAUUAGGCAUAUCAAUUACAGGCGGAAAAGAACAUGGCUUACCUAUUCUUAUAUCAGAAAUCCAUGAAGAUGGUCCGGCAUGGCGGUGUGGACAACUCUAUGUUGGUGAUUCGAUCUUAGCUGUUAACAAACAAGAUUUACGCGAUACCAAACAUCGAGAUGCUGUUCAAAUCUUAUCAGCUGUUAAAGGAGAUAUUAUAUUAACUGUGGUUUUUGUUGCACCUGAUGAUAGUGAUGACGAGGAUUUACAGAACUGUGAUGUUGAUAAUCAUCUGAAAUAUAAAUUUCUAACUGAAGAAAUCGAACAUCAACGUCGAAUGGAACCAAACCAUUCGUCAUCAAGUGACAUCGAAACGAUCCAUCGAAUCAAAGAUAUGUCGUCAUCAAACGGCAAUGAAAGAAAACAUGUCUUAGAACAGAUCGAUAGAGCGGAUACAAUUAGUAUUGAUAGUACUCAAAGAGAUAGGCCAUCUGUAAUUGAUCGAUAUCUCAAACAAACACGACAAUAUUUACCAGUUAAACGAACGGACUCGAAAGAGUAA